AUGCAUUUUACUUUCUUUAUUCAAUAUUUUCCUUUUUCUGGAUUCUUUCUUUUUAAGAAAUCCCGUGGUAUUUCUUUCCUUUUCUCUUAUUCAUUCGUUUGCUUAUUUCAACGUUUCUGCAAUUCCUUGCGCUUAUUAUUAUGUGUCAUUUUCUUUCUUUUUCUUUCUUUUCUUUUGUAUUUGACAUCAUUUAUUUUUCUUUCUUUUAUUUUUUUUCUUUCUUUAGAUUAUAUUAUGUGUCAUUUUCUUUCUUUUUCUUUCUUUCUUUUCUUUUGUAUUGGAUAUCAUUUAUUUUUCCUUCUUUCCUGCUUAGAAUUUUCCAUAAUUUCUUUCUCUCUUAUUUUUCACAUUAAGCAUAUUUCUUUCUUAGAAAUACCCAUCAUUUCUUUCUUUCUUCCUUUUUUCAUUCUUAUUUCAUUCCAUUCCUCAUUUUAUUUUUAUUUAUCGUUCCAUUCAAUACUUUAUUCCUUAUUCUAUUUUUCAAAGUUUUUUUCUUUCUCGGUUCUUCAUUUUUCUUUUUUAUCUUUUUCAUUUUCUUUCUUUUUUCACAAUACUGAUUUCCUUUUUACCCUCAGUUAUUCUUUGAAUGUUCAAAUCCAUCAACCCAUAAUUGUAUACCUAACACUUCUUUUUCUUCUUUAUUUACUUUUCUUCUUUAUUUUUCUUUCUUUCUGUUUUUAUUCUUUGUAUCGUAUAUGUUAUUCCUUCCAAUUUUAG